AUGCACAAAUUGACCGAGAUCCCCCUCGUCCGGAACCUCGUCCCCGGCCUGGAGAAGGUCGCGACCGAGUUCCACGUAGGAAACUUCGUGGUCAUGCGCGGGACGGGCGAGAAGUUUUUCGAGAGCAUGCCUCUGUACCCGCGUUUGGGAAUGCAUUUGCUUUACUACGGAUCGGCCCAAGUCAAGGUGCUCCACAACCAGCACGUUGAGGAGGUAUUGAAGGAUUUGUCCAUCAAGCAAGGGAAGAUUUACGACGAGCCGGAGUCUGUCAAGUCCAUCCCCUCUUUCAUCGAGACGUACUCGAUCCAGACGGAUGAGCUUCUCGAGCCAGACAUCACCAAGUAUGGCAACUUCAACGAAUUCUUUUACAGACGACUCAAGGAUGGUGCACGUCCUGUCCAGCAUGCGGACGAUCCGACGGCUUUCUGCUCUGCUGCAGAUUGUCGGCUGACUGUGUACAACACCGUCGAUCUGGCGAAGCAAUUCUGGAUCAAGGGCAAGAACUUCUCCAUCCCGAACCUGCUGGGCGUCUCUCCCGACUCGGAGCAGGCGCGUCAUUUUGACAACGGAGGUCUUGCCAUAUUCCGCCUCGCGCCCGCGGAUUAUCAUCGUUUUCACAGUCCGAUUGACGGAACGGUCGGGGAUGUCGUCGACAUACCGGGACAAUACUAUACGGUCAACCCCCAGGCUGUCAACGAACCCGGCUUCGACGUGUUCACGGAAAAUAAACGCUCCGUUCUGUACAUGACGCAUAAGCUCACGGGCAAGCAGAUCGCCUUCGUCGCGAUCGGCGCUAUGCUUGUCGGCAGCAUCGCCUGGACGAAGGGUAAAGAGAAAGGAACCGAGGUCCAGCGUGGCGAGGAACUUGGCUAUUUCGCGUACGGAGGUAGCACUGUCGUUGCUGUUUUCCCUCCGGGCCUUAUCGAAUUCGAUGACGAUCUGGUCAAGAACUCGAAGAACACCAUUGAGACGCUGCUCAAAGUCGGCUAUUCGAUUGGGUUCAUGCCCGGUAACUCGUCGUUGGCGACAGGUGACGCGGUGCCGGUCGAGACCGAAGGCCAGAGUCAAGGAUCAGGAUCGGGAGUCGGCGGUAUCGCGAGCGGACUGGUCAACAAGGUCAAGAGCCUUGUUUGAGACGAACGCCGUAGUGAUCUAGAUCUUGCCGAGGACGAACUAAUGUGAUACCACAAGGACAAUGCUGCUGUUGUAAUUUAGCAAGAAGAGACCGCAGCGAAUGUACUUUACCGUUACGAUUGUUGCAACCCC